AUCAGGUGAAAGCUGUCCACAACUCUCAAUGUUUGCUAAGCUCUCAACAACUCAAAACCUCUCUUCCUAUCUUUCUCCUCUGGUUUUGUCGGUUGAAUAUGAAGUAGAUGGCAAUUCCUGAAAUGGGGUUGUUCAGGUUUCUUAAACUUAGUGUUUGUGUUGCCGUGAUGGUGGCGGGUGCACUGAACUUUGCUGACUCAGCUGUUUACAUUCAUUUUGAUCAAACUCCCCCAGCAUGGUCAAGGUCCUCCACUUCUAGUUUUCGGUACUCGGUUGAAAGGCCUGAUGGUUCUAAUGCUUGCAGGAAUAAUAGUUGUUCUAUUUACUGUGAGUUGGACGGCCAGCGAUUGAGACCAUGUCAUGCUGGUACCAUAGUACUGAGAAACUUAACUGCAAAUCAUGAGCAUAACUUCCUUCUCAACGUCACAACCCGAAAUGGAGAGAAAAACUCUUCAGCUUAUUCAUGGUUUAUCGAUAAAAUCCCACCAACAGCAAUUAUUUCAAGUGAACAGAAUUACACAAGUGCGGAAAAAAUUACAAUUGACAUUACAUUCAGUGAAGCUUGCACUGGACAUGGUGGCUUCAAGUGUGUGAACUCAUCAAACUGUGAUGUUACUGUUGACGGUCCAGCUCAUGUCCAAGCAUCCUCGUUAAGCAUCAUUAAACCCAACAUCAAAUACAGUCUCCUACUAGUUCUAUCCAUGAAACACAGAUAUGGGCGUGUAGUGGUUAGAAUGGCAGAUGAUUUUUGCAAGGAUCGGGCUGGAAACAAUUUCACCAGGAGCAAUGCUUCCACUGCAAUUAUUCACUUUGAUAGACGACCGGUGCUGGUUGAUCUUUCGUCAUCUGUUCCAUCAAAUGAGUUGGCAAUCAAUGGGGUUCCCAGGACUGUUUUUGCAACUAACAGAAUGAAGAAUUUGGAGGUGUACUUGGAUUUCAGCAUUCCAGUCGUUAAUUCAACAGAGCAGAUCCUAACUGCGUUAUAUGUGAAUUCUGGUAGUCUGAUACCUAUUCACGAGAGAACUCAUGGAAAUCGCCGAUUUGUUUUUUGUCUCAAGAAUAUUGCAUCAGAUACUGAAAUCAUCACAGUCAAACUACAAGCUGGCUUAUUGAUUGGCAGAACAAGCACUCCUGUCUCACCUGUUGCAGCACUUACAUUCCUCUAUGAUUGCACCAAGCCUGGAGUAGGCCUAAGUACCAGUUCACAAAAUGUCACGAAGGAGUCCAAUAUCAAUGCAAUUGUUGAGUUCACAAAGCCAGUUUUUGGUUUUGAAGCCUCCAUGGUAGAAGUGAAUGGAGGGAGACUCAUAAGGUUUAAAGAACUUUCAAGAGCUCUUUACUCGUUGACUGUUCUGGCAGCAAGUAAUAGUAAGGUGUCAAUUACCAUUCCUGAAGCGAAAGUCAAUGAUAUUUCAGGAAAUUUGAAUCUGGCAUCUAAUAAACUUGAAAUGUUUCACUAUUCAACACCUGCAAUAUCAACAGCACUGCACUCGUUUGUGACUUCGGGAGUCUUAGCAACAACACUAGCUGCUGCUAUUCUUUCACUUUCCUCCACAAAUCUUGGAGCAAUAACUAAACUUAACUCUGCAAGUAAUAAUUUUGUAGCUUCUGAUCCAUCAAUGAAUCUACAUGGAAUGAUAGGACACCUGCAAGUGUUUGUCCUUUCAGACUGGCUAUUGUCUGAUCAACCCAUUGAAUAUUCUGAGACAACAAAAGGCCUUAGGUGGCUCAUACCUCGACAGAAACUUCCGUGGAAAAGGUAUGGCUAUUCAAUUUGGCCUAACAAUGUUUAUUUGGAUCAAGGGAGGUUCGUGAAGAGAUCCAGUAGCUGGUUUAGCGGAUACCUUUCUCAUGAGAGAGCUUACCAUGACAUUGGCUUAGAUAACUCAUCUUACUUGCAACAAAAGUUACUAUUUCCAACUGAAAUUGACUCAAAGUUCAGUUGGCUCUAUGGAAGGCAAAACAUAAGCAAAGAAGACUCUCCUUUUGGGCUACCUCUUAAUUCAAAUGAAUACUUCACCUUUUUCUUGAGGGGAGAGCCAUUAUCUGCUAGCAAUGUUGUCAAGAAAUUGGAGAAUUACAAAGGUUGGCAGGACAUGGCAAUGAACUUGUUCUGGCUGAGCAUAGGAGUGGGUGGCCUGCUAAUAGUUCAUUUUGCACUGUUAGUUUUCUUAAGAUGGAGGAUAGGGACAGCAGCUCAAGGGAUACUUUCAGUUCCGAGGUUUGAACUCCUCCUUUUAAUUCUCAUGCUACCGUGUAUCUCCCAGUCUUCUGCAUUUCUAAUAAGAGGUGGUACAAUCAAGGGGAUCAUCACUGGAGCUUUGUUGCUAGCCAUCCCUGCAGCAUUUAUUUUAUCUGUAUGCCUUUUCCUCACAAUUGCAGUCUUCACUGGCAGCCUUGCUCAGUACAAAGAAAUCAGACAUGCCACUGCAGAGGAAAAAUGGCAUAAAAAACUGUGGUUCUUCUUAGUGGGGAGGCCUGCUUCUGGAAAAUGGUUUUAUAUGGAUGGACUGCCUUCAUCAUUCCUCUCUCACUUUGGCAUUCUAUUCGAGGAUCAGAAGGGUCCUCCUUUGUUUGUCUUUGUUGACCAGAAUGACUCAAACACUAUGCCUAGGUGGGUUGGAAGUGGCCAAAAUGGAAUCGGAAGAUUGAGGGCUGUCAGCUCAGAUGACACCCAUGAAGAAAUGAAAAUUUCCUUGCCUAAGAGGUUCUUAGGUUGUGCUAGAUCUUCCUAUAUUAUUGUUGACCUUUUAAGAAGAGUCUGCUUGGGAGUAAUCUCUGGAUCCUACUCAUCACACAGAUCAAGCCAAAGCGUUUGUGCAUUGACGAUCACACUGGUGCAGUUCUUAUGUUUAUUUACUCUCAAACCACACAUCAGAAGGGGAGUUUACAUAGUGGAAAGCAUUUCUCUGUUGAGUGAGGCAGGCGUCUUUGGUCUGUCCAUCAGUAUGAAUAAAUCAAAUUCAAUCAGAGAAAAAACUUUGGGACUUCUAAUGCUGGCUCUCCUUUUCCUUUCCUUUGUUUCUCAACUUGUAAAUGAGUGGUAUGCACUGAUAAAAUGCCUUCUAAAUAUCUCUCAGCCACAUAAGAAUUCUUUUAAACUCGGGUUGAAGUUUGCUGCUAAGGGUCUUCUCUUGCCUUUCCUCCCAAGGAAGCAUUGGUCAAGAGUCAUUCCUGGUUCCUCACAAGCAAAAUCAGUCUUAGUUCCGGCCCUUCCUCAAAGUAGGGAAACUGAAAUUGUAAGAAGAGAUCACAGGGAACCUCAUGGCGGCCAAUUUGGUUCCAUGACUGCAACAGUAGUCCCUCUUCUUAGUCCUGAUUCACCAAUUAUUAAAGCAACAGGCACAGCUGCAGAGACAACUCUUACCGUGCAGAAACCAGGGGAAAGUAAAAGGGGAAAGGGACUUAAAUUUGAUCCGAGGAAUGAUCUGAAGAAACUAAGAGAGUUGGCAAGGGCCAGUUUCUCUGGGAAUUCAAAGGAUGAGGAAACUAACACCAGCUAUAGAUACAGGUUACAAUCUUUCUCUCCUGAAACUGUCUCCAAUGAUCCUCAAACCUCCACUUCUAAAAUUACAAAGUGAAUAACUGAUGUAUAGACUAAUAUGGCUGCAGAAUAAACAAAUGGAUGUCCAACUUUGUCCUGUGGCAAAGAUCUUUCUGUUCUUAUAGAAUUGUAUCUGGAUUUAGAUAUGCUUAAUUUAUAAUCUACUAACCUUGUAUUUACACAUAUCAGCUAGCAAAGAGCAUCUUAUAUCAAUGUUGAUCAAGUUUCAGAAAACCUAGUACAAUAUUUCUGAAUUAUUGCCUCAAUUCAGCAUUCAGUUUCCUUGAAUGUCAACAGAAAUUUAUUUGAUUUAAACUCAAAAUUCUGUCCCAUCCAUGUUGCUAAUACAACUAACUGCUAGUAUGAGCUACAAACAAGAAUUGAAGAAGUCAAAUGCUCUAGAGCAAAUAGUUAAAAGUUGGACGGAUGCGUUGGCUGCAUACAACGGCGAUCAAUCUGCUGCAGAAGACAUAUUAAAGAAGAACAUGUUGCAGGUCUUGUAUCCUAGCUUUUGGCAAGUGGAGAGAUUUUUUGAGCUCUCCGUUUGUUGUUUUACUGUAGGGUGUUGCUUUUGAUUUUGGCUCAAUGUUUUUAGUUUUGAUGAAUCUCUUGGAUUCUUUGUUGUGUUUCUGUUGGAACUAGGAUGAUCUUUUUGUAUAGGUGCUUUCUUUGUUCAUGGUGAUGUGUUGCCAAUUGCUUUUUGGGCAGAGUCUCACAGGUUAUGAUUGUAUAAACUUCACCCAUCUAAGGCAACUAUUAUUCCACCAAGAGUCCUUCGUCAAUAAGGACUUAAGACUUGAAGUGGCAGGUUGAUGGCUGGCUUUAAUAAUAUAUCACCUUAAAAAAAACAGUUGGAUGGAUAAGAAUGUUAGAUGAAAUGGAAGAAAAGCCACAGUGAUGAAACCACAGAUGCCAACAUACUAAAAAUCAGAAGUUUUCCUUAUGGCCCUCCAUACUCAUCAAAAUUUGGCAGAUUCUGCCCGUAAUCCCUAAGUUCUGAUAAAGAUUCUUCUUCUAAUUCUUGCCUUUUUGGUGGCAUUAUCAACUGAGUAAGGCCAUGUACGAUGAGGCAAUGGCUAUUAUACAUUUCCGGGAAGAUCACUGGAACAUCAUUAAGGAAAACGAUAUCUCCUGAUUUGGUCACAUUGAUCAUGAACCCUUUUGCGAAAAGUAGACCAAACUGUUCCAUCAUUGAGCCCAGACAAAUCUUUCCAUGGAAGCAACCUGGGAACUACAUGUCUCCGGAAUAUACCCGCUAAAAGAUCUUAUGCCCGCUUCUAUUGCUUCAUCAACUGAUGCAAAGAUUGUCAAUCUUGUCCGAGGACUGAACCCUCCUAAUUGGAUACCAAGAAACGUGGCCAUGUUUGUAUAACCCCUGGACAUCAACAAAUCCGAAGCCUGAUCGUAAAGAUCAACAUCAAAACUUGCCUCUUUGUAAAAUGAAUCAGCAUCAUGCUCCACAGGAAAACAAGGAAGGAUCUCAAAAGAUGGAUCAAAGAAAUCAUCUGUUCCCUAUAUUAUCAGCGCCCCAUCAUCGAAUAUGACUGAUUUUGGGAUCAAGACAUUAUUAAUGGAAAUCAUGGCACCAAAACUCUUAACAGUACUGACGAUCAAAGAAUAAUUCGACGACAAUUUAGGUAUUCUUGCACCGGAAGGAAGGAUCUUGAGGGUUUCAGCGGAGAGUCCUGUUGAGGAGAUAUGAUACUGAAGUUGGACAAGAGAAGACUGGCCUGACUGAGCGAAAGCAGAUUCCGAAGGAGCAAAAAUGGUUGCUGUUGACGAUUCAAGAUUGAGAAUACCAGAUGCGAGGUGACGAGUUGGCCCCAUGGAGAGAUACCCAGAGUCUGACAACGGGAAGAGGAUGAGAGUCAAGAAUUCUUUAACGUCAUGAGAGAGCGUAUGUGCUUUAAAGGGUU